AUGGAGGGUCUGGAGGAACCAUCCUUAGCAGGAUGGGGAAUCACUACGCCGGUAGGAGAAGGGAACGAUAAAAACUUGCAGGAUCUCGGAUGCCUGCACCGGUCUCCCGGGGGUAGUGUCCCCGCUCCCGGGCGAUCGACUCCCGAGGCUUCGGGCCCGGGAGGCUCAUGCCAGGGGCAAACCGUGGAGUGGCCGACGGGCUUCACGGCGAAUAUGGCUACCGGCCGGACAAACGAAGAGGAGGCGGCAAGAUUGACAGGGAAGGAAGGUAUACAUUCUAAGGCAGGAGAGACUGUGGAGACAACUCCGAAACCUCAGAGCAAGAGAGGGAACAAUAAAGAACUCCGACUGCUGCUGGAAAGGACCGAGAUAGAGGAGGUCAACCAGGGCGGACCAACUAGGGGACCAGCAAUGUCGGACCUAGCCACAGGGGCGAGAAGCCUGAGAUCCAGGGCAACAAGAGGUACCGACGCAAAGUAUCCUAAGGAAACAAGGAUCAGGGUUGUCGGCGGGGAGAUAGUGGACUCCCCAGUGGCUGAAAGCUCAACGGGCACGCCCAUGGGAGAAAUCGCACCGGUGAAAAAUAAGGGUACGAUCGACCUCACGGCAGCGAUGAGUGACACUGGGGAGAAUAGUGUCGCUAAUAGCACGGGCACAGUGGAAUUCACGUCGAUGACUGAAGCAGAAAAUACUGAGUCGUCCUUCGAAGAAAUACCGCGUAAGGGCAAGAAGAGAGGACGCAAGCCCAAAGGAAGUAACGUGCCAGGAUCACAUGCGCUGUCAAAGAUCUCUUCCAAGCGCAUGGAAUUCGAGGACGAUGAAUUGGACAGAGAAGAUUUUUUCCAAAUCGCAAAGAAAGCCGUGCACGGCAUGAAAAAGAGGAAAGGUCUGGUCGAAUGCCAACUUGACGACAGACUGUCCUCAAAACAGAAAGACGCGAUAGAAGAGGUGACGCUACUCUUUCCACAGAUGUCCCCUAAAUCGAUAGUGGCGGAAACUCUGAGAGUAUUAGACCUGGCGGGAGAAGCGGAAAGAAGGACGCAAACUAUGAAGGGGGAUUUACGACGACAGAUGAAGGUAGGGGUCAACGUGGCGAAGAUCGCCAUACAGCGACUCGUCUCAGAUAUCGCCAAAAGUACGGGACCCGUGGACGAGGUGAGAAACAGCAACCUCGCCUUGGAAAGAGAAGUCCUCAAGAUGAGGAGAGAGAUGGAUACUCUGAGGAGGGAGAGAACCGCACUUAAAGAUCAGGUGGAAACCCUCACACGAACGGUUCAAGAUCUCAGAGAGAAGGAAGAACGUAGAGGACUUGGACGAGAAGGAAUAAAUCUCUCGCAGUUAGAGGAAGAAACAGCGGACGAAUUCCCGGCAUCGAGGACACGGAAGGGAAAAACCCAAACCUCGGUCCUAGUCGAGUCGGAUGAGAUGAGCGAGGCCCUCCUACCUCCGGUGUAUAGGCCGGCGCUAGGAGCACGAGAGUAUCCGGCUGAAGGGGAUGAGUGGACGAAGGCUAAAAGCAGGAGGGCAUUAAAAAGGGCCAGGAGGAAAGAGAGGGAGAAAACAGCUCCGGAAAAAGACGUUCGGCGGGAGGUGGCGCUGGAAAGAGCCGCCCGACCCACGAGGGACAGGAACCUACGUAGGACGACGGAAGUAGCGAUCAGGGAAGCCCCAGAAGGAAGAAGAACUGGGGGAGCUAUAAACCGGACUACGAAUAAAAUACCGGUGCGACCGGCAGCGAAGGACCCGCGAUUCCGAGCCCACAGGACCGCAGCAGUCCUGCUGAGAUGCGAGGAGGCAGGGGGAUUACUCAUUGAAAUCCCGAGCGGAGAAGAGGCCAGUGCGAAGGCGGAGGCGCUCGUUGAUCGGCUGAAAACGGUAAUCGCCGAGAGCGAGUUUGAGAAGAAAGUGAGCGUGAUACGCCCGGUGCAGAGAGCGGAGGUCAGGCUGAUCGAUGUAGACCAGUCAGCCACGGUGGAGGAGGUGAUCGCGGCGGUGUCCAAAUGCGGAAAGGUGCCUGCUACAAGUAUUAGAGCAGGCCCAUUGAGGCAGGGCAGGGGCGGCCUGAGCACCGUAUGGAUACAGUGUCCGUUAUCGGGAGCGAACUUGAUGCUCAGCAGCGGUAAGCUGAGAGUCGGUUGGACUAUGGCGAAAGUUGUCCCACUGGCAAAAAGGAGGCUGCAAUGCUUCCGGUGCCUUGCGGUGGGACAUACCAGAGCCAACUGUCUAAGCACCGUGGACAGAUCGGCAUGGUGCUUCCAGUGCGGGGGAAGCGACGGCCAUAGGGCUUUCGGGUGUCGAGCUUCGCCGAGAUGCCCAGUGUGUGCCGCGAGAGGUAUGAAUGCGAACCAUAGAACGGGAUCCGUGUCGUGCGUACCGUAUAACGGGAGAGGACAGACACCGCGAAACGAGGAAGCAAACGUGGUAGGAACAGAGGAAGCGAGCGAGGGGGCCGAUCGGGGGGCCCAGGCUCCAGGGUCGAGGCCCUCGCAGGACCACAUAGGUAAGGUCUCCGAAGAAAUGGACAUCGGAUUGGUCGCUGUGGCGGAACCUGCCCGUAUACCGGACGGCGGUAAAUGGCUCGUCUCCACGGACGAACCACCGUCCGCAGCGAUAACGUGGCACUGGGGUAGGCGCUAG